AUGGCCGCUCAGUCGAAGCUCUUCUCCCACGCCGUUCCCUCCGAAAGCGCCAUCAAGCGCGUGGUCAACGAACUGACUGCCCGCUACCUCCAACACCGCACGCGCAUUUCUCGAGCCGUAUACCUCACACUCUUCGUCGCACUCAUCAAUCGCAUACGGAGUGCCAUCUCCGAACAGAAAGCAGCGUCGUUGCGGCAAGCUGAGGCCCGGAAACGACCCGGGACUGGCCCCGCCGAGGGAGAGGCGACAUCGAGGAAGAAGGUGGAGCUGAACCGCGAGUUCUUCAAGAACUUGCUGCGGUUGCUGAAGAUUGUGAUACCGGGAUGGAGGAGUAAAGAGCUACGGCUUCUCAUUAGCCAUAGCAUCUUCCUGGUGCUUCGAACUCUCAUCAGUCUGUACGUCGCCGAGCUGGAUGGCCGGCUUGUGAGCAGUCUGGUCAGAGGGAAAGGCAAAGACUUCCUCACAGGGCUUGUCUGGUGGAUGGUAGUGGCCAUUCCUGCCACUUUUACGAACUCGAUGCUUUCCUAUCACCAAUGUAAACUCUCCCUCCAAUACCGCUCCCGCCUUACGAACUACAUACAUAACCGAUACCUCUCCCACAUGACCUUUUAUACACUCUCUGCGCUCGACGACCGGAUAAAAAACGCCGACCAGCUCAUUACCGUUGACGUAGCGAAAUUCUCCAACAGUCUAGCGGAACUCUACUCGAACAUCGCCAAACCGGUCCUCGACAUGAUCAUAUACAACUACUCUCUGUCCCGGAGCGUUGGUGGGGAAGGACUGUUCUUCAUGAGUUUGAUUGUCCAGCUCUCCGCAAGCGUGAUGCGAGCUCUUACACCACCAUUCGGCAGAUACGUUGCAGAUGAAGCACGACUGGAGGGCGAGUUCAGGUUUCAACACUCGCGACUCAUUGAUUACAGCGAAGAGGUAGCCCUGUAUCACGGACAUGAGGCGGAGAAGGACACGUUGGACAAAGGAUACUUUACGCUCAUCAAGCACGUGAACCGAAUAUUGAGGAGGCGGUUCUACCACGGUGUGAUGGAAGACUUCGUGAUAAAGUACUUCUGGGGCGCAUUAGGCUUGAUGCUUUGCAGCGUUCCAGUGUUCUUCAAGAUCCCUGGUGUGGCAGGGAACAGCAUGGCUGAUCGGACUGAGAGCUUUGUAACCAAUCGACGAAUGCUAUUAAUGUCUUCUGAUGCGUUCGGUCGUGUCAUGUUCUCCUACAAGGAAAUCACAGAAUUAGCCGGGUACACGUCAAGAGUAUCGACGCUGUUGGAUGUCAUCGACGACAUCCAAGCCGGCCAUUUCGAGAAGAAGCUUGUCUCCUCAGCAAACACAGAAGAAAAUGCCGCAGUGCUCAGCGGGCGCGGUCAAGUCAUUGAAAGCGAGGACAUCGAGUUCGUGAACGUCCCCAUCGUCUCACCCAACGGCGACGUCCUCGUGCGCGCCCUAAGCUUCUCCGUAAAGCCCGGCGACCACAUGCUCAUCGUCGGCCCAAACGGCUGCGGCAAGUCGUCUCUCUUCCGAAUCCUCGGCGGCCUCUGGCCCGUCUACGGAGGCACAGUUCGAAAACCCCCUUUCGAGGACAUCUUCUACAUUCCCCAGCGGCCCUACCUCUCCCGCGGCACCCUCCGCCAGCAAAUCAUCUACCCCGACGGCGUCCGCGAAAUGCGCGACAAGGGCAUCACCGACGCCGACCUCUACGCCAUCCUCUCCGUCGUCGAAAUCGAGCACAUCGUCGAUCGUCCCGACGGUUGGGACGCCGAGCAGGAAUGGACAGACGUGCUCUCCGGCGGGCUACAGCAGCGCGUCGCGAUGGCGCGGCUCUUCUACCAUGCCCCGAAGUACGCGAUCCUGGACGAGUGCACCAGCAGCGUGACGCUCGAGAUCGAGCGCGUCAUGUACGACGAGGCGAAGCGGUUAGGCAUCACGCUCAUGACUGUCAGCCAUCGGCGGAGUCUGUGGAAGUAUCACAAGAACAUCCUCCAAUUCGAUGGGCAGGGAAAGUAUAUCUUCACGAAGUUGGAUGCGGAAAGGAGGCUGCAGUUAGAAGAUGAGAAAGAAGAGCUCGAUCUCCAACUGCGCGCGAUUCCGGACAUCGAGCAACGCAUCGCGGAUCUCACGUCUGCGUAAAAGGAGGUGUAGCAGGCUUCCUUGUGUACACUUACCUAACUCCGCUUUGAAGGGCCCUGGCGCGUUAUCAGGAAUUGAAAACUGCCGGUUUUGACAAGCCUGAAAGUUCUUUGGCCCACCUUAGACGGAGUUAUGUUAAAACUACCACUUUUUACUCAAGUAGCCCUGGUUGGGUACGAGAACGGUCAUUCAUUAGCAGCGGGCGUUCUUGGGGAUGGCGUGUAAUCUUACGGAUAGCAUGAAGGACGGCGCAUCUUUUCGCACUUACAGAGCUGGGCAGAUGAGGGCCUGUUGGAUGUUCGGGCUACACAUGUAUCACCACCGAGUCGCUACGCACUAGAUGCAAGAAUCUAGAAAGCAGUCCUCUGAAACUGUAAGAACCGUGUAAGGGGCGUCCCAUUUUCCGUAAACCCAUAUCUAUGUCAUGACCCC